AUGGACAGUGUUGAUGGUUCCAGUGUCUGCUACGACUCGAGCACCAUUUCGCUCGACAUUUUCCGUCGACUAACCACCUACAUUCAGGCACAGCAGUCUCAACGAACUCAAUCAGUGGUUGAUCACCUGACUUCAACGGCGUUGGCGCUGAAACAGCGCAGCGAUGUCUCCGCGUUACCGGAGGGUGGUGAAAAUUCGCUGGCGGAGAACGACUUCCCCACCGAGAACCUGCCCAAACCUCCCUACUCCUACAUCGCCCUCAUUGCUAUGGCAAUCAAAAGCACACCGGAAAAGAAAAUUACACUUAAUGGUGAGAUAAGCCAAUUAUUUUAUCGCAUUUCCCGUGUGAUUUCGCAUUGA